CAGCAUAAACUCGACUCUUUCCCUCCUAUCACGCAUCACGCAAUCGCAUUGGCUGCCUCCUUGGUUGCUACUCGACGACGCUUCCGCUCAGAACCUGUUGCCACUUCAACUGAAGUAUAACCUCGAGUCGACUACCUCUUAUUACAUUCACGACAUCGAGUUACCCUUGCUCAAAUAUACCUGCUUGGCCGCGCCCGGAGACUCGAUGCCUAACAACACCUGGUUCACACCUUACAAAUUCCCGCCGUCGACAUGCCUAAGUCUUGGGCCGUCGCAGGGUAUAGUCUACGAGGUCUCCGAUGAGGCUGUGGUGAAACUUCCCUUCCAAUAUCCGGUCGCCAGAUCACCACCUACAGACGAAACAAACGAGCAAUUGCACAUGUCGCUCCAAAGUUUUGCCCUAUUCAAGAAAGAAAGCACAUUCUACACCAUUCUAGCUAAAUCCCCGCACCCAAACCUCGCACAAAGGCUGCAGACCAAACUUCUCACUGGUAUAGUUCUCCCGCGUUAUAAGUUAGUAGAACAGGUUUGGGGACUCCAUACAACGGCAACACACAUUGCAUGGAUCAAACAGCUUGUUAGUGCUGUCGUAUGGCUCGAGGACCUUGGAUAUACGCACGGAGAUAUUAAUAAACGCAAUAUGGGGAUUGAUGACCACAAUCAGCUCAAGCUAUUCGAUUUUGGGUCUGUCAGGCAUUGCGACGAUGAAGGCUUCUCUGAACAAGUCGCGGAAGAUCAAUUCACUCUGGCAACAUGCAUACAUUAUUUAGCGUCUGGUAUCGAUCAUGUUGCGAAAGCCAACAGCUAUGCAGAAGUACAAAGGACGAUCAGUAUCCUCAAAGGCGGUCAAGGCAUUGUGGAUGAAGCUGCAAAAGACUUUGAGGAAGUCAUUCAAGCGGGCUGGACAGGGGCAGUCUCUGUUCUAUCAUCAUUAAAAAGGCGCAUGGCAGAGAUUAGCAACAACGCAGUAGCUCAACAUAAAGACUCUCUGCAUGAGGAACAAACGAAGUAUGAUCGUUUGCUGGUUGAGGAAGACUCACGAUGGAUGAACGAAGAGGUUUACCGUGCGGCUUGGCAAGCUGAAUGCUAUGAGAUUCCAGAUGAUAUCUGGAGUUGAUUGAUAUGCGCAAAACAUGUUCUAUCUUCCAUGUGUAAAUUCCGUGCCUUGACACAGGAUCGAUGACUACUUCUAUCUGAACAUGAACAUUUCAGUUCCGUCAUGUCCAACAGACAUUUUCGGUGUGUUGUCCUUAAAUCGGCUAUGAGCGUCCUGCAGCUUUGCAAUCCGGACAAAAGUCGUUAACAACUUUGUCUGUUAUAGAAUGGUUGUAUGGAGGGUUGGCGCAGUUUGGACCAUUUGGCUUCUCCUUGCAAUCGUAAACCUUCUCUGGCCCUUCCACCUUAUCACCGCAUUUGCGGUAUUUUGUGCCUG